GAUCGUCGUUUUUUAAUACUCACUGUUGGUGUUUUGUUUUUCAUUGAUUGAUGAUUAUUGAUUAAGUGAUGUGUUGCUGGUUUGUUUUUUUACUUUGUGCUUGAGUUAAUUGGAUGCUCUGUCAGUGCUUAGUGCUUGUUCUUGGUUGAUUUGCUUUGCUCACUACUCUGGCUUGUUCUAGCCUAUUCUUGAUUAAUUAACUCUGUUAUUGGCUUAUUGAUUGAUGCUAAAUUGGUACGGAUAAACUGUUACUGGCUUGUUCUUGGCUUUUUUGUUUGUUGUUAAAUUUUGUUAAAGUUUCUUGAUUUUGUGCUCAUUACCUCAUUCAGUGCUUUUUUUUUUUUUUGUUAAUCAUUGUGCUGAGCUUGUUAAUCAUUGGCUUAUUGAUUGAUGCUAAAUUGGUACUGAUAAACUGUUAUUGGCUUGUUCUUGCUUCUUUUUUGAUGUUAAAUUUUAUUAAAGUUUCUUGAUUUUGUGCUCAUUACCUCACUCAGUGCUUUUUUUUUUUUUUGUUAAUCAUUGUGCUGAUCUUGUUAAAAUUGGGUUAAAAUUGAUAAUCUUUUGGAGUUUGAUGUAUAAUAGGUUGAUUUCAAGCUGAGAUUUUCUUCUAAUAAUGAUACUGACAACUGGAAUAACUUAACAAUUGGACUAUUCAUUUUAGAGAGGAAAAACAUCUACAUAAUUUUUAUAUUUUAUUGAUGAGCAUUUGAGCUGUUUAUAUUUGAAGCUUGUAAAACAGAUGGAAUGCUUUCUAUAAAAACCACGAGGAGCAGCUCAAAAUUAGGAGUGGAGUAGCUUGCAGCAUUGAAAACCAUCAGCACAAUGAACUGGUGAUAGAGGCAGUCAUAAUAAUAAUGAAUAGGAUGGAUCACUUUGCGGGAGCUGAAGAGCAUCUUGCUCAACAAAGACUGAGGCAGAAGCUUGAUGAAGUCAAUGUAGCUGCUCAAAAUGACCUUGCCCCUAUCCAAGACCAUGUCAAUUUCACUCUCCAGAAAGCAUAUUUCAAAUGUGCGUAUGAGUGCUUUGAUAGGAGCAGAAGGCAGGAAGAGAUAACUUCUUGUGUCGAAAAUUGCAGUAUUCCUCUUGCUAAUGUUCAACAGACUUUUGAUACUGAGAUGCAAAAGUUUCAGGAGAAAUUGAAUAGAUCUCUGAUGGUAUGUCAAGAUAGGUAUGAGUCUGCAAAGCUCCAGCAGAAAGGUGGGGCCAUGAAUGAUAUGGUUUCCUGUGCUGAUGAGGCGAUCCAAGACAGUAUCAAGAUGCUACCACUUCUUGCUAAUAAGUUGAAAUCCUCCUUUGGCAUUAAGGACAAUGACUCCUUCUAGCUCCAUUUUUUGUAUCCAAAGAUUUAGUUAUUAUUGUAGAUGGUGCAAAUUUGCAAGACAUUAUUUUGUAACUCUAUCUAGAGUACACAAGAUUUUACUGGAUUUCUGUACUUAGAAUGCUGGGGAAGCUUGAUUUAUCAAUGACUUGAAGCAAUAAUUAUGUGCAUUUCGUUAGGUUUUAUUUCGCUACCUUCAAAUGUAACAUUGUAUACGAUGUGAUCAUUUUAAAUAUUAAUCGCAAACAACUUCACCCGUGCAA